GCUCCUCCGCCCCUUUCUCCCCAUCUGCCAUUUUGGUUUUGUUCCCGUCUGCAGUCGCAAAGCCAGCAACGCAAUUACAUAGGAGAGACUCAGCUCAACGACAUAGUGACUCGACAAUAUAGUGCAGACCAUCCUAAUCCCGCAUCGCGUUUCUUUUCUUUGUACAACUCGUCGAAUUUACAGUCGUCGUUAAUACUGACAUCUAGACACUGCUGGAGAGGAGCGGGUUCGCAUUGGGAAGGGACCGAGAAGCAUUAUUGAUGUCCAGCUCGCCGCUGUCCAAGAAGCGUCGCUUGUCAGGAACAGAGACGAAGACGGGAUCCCACUGCUCCUCCUCUAACUCUGUCAGAACUGAUCUGUCCCACACACCUGCCAACGGCAUGGCUAAGAAUGGCAACGAUGCUGAGAUCGAUGAAGGCCUGUACUCCAGACAACUUUAUGUGUUGGGUCAUGAUGCUAUGAAGCGCAUGCAGAACUCCAAUGUCCUUAUCUCUGGUAUGAGAGGUCUUGGAGUGGAGAUUGCCAAGAACGUCAUCCUGGGAGGAGUUAGAAGUGUCACUGUACACGACCAAGGAGUUGCAGAAUGGAGAGAUCUCUCCUCUCAGUUUUACCUCCGGGAGGAGGAUCUGGGGAAAAACAGGGCAGAGGUGAGCCAGCCCCGUUUGGCUGAACUCAAUAACUACGUUCCUGUGACCGCCUACACCGGAGCACUCACUGAAGACUACCUGACCAAGUUCCAGGUGGUAGUGCUGACUAACUCAACUCUGGACGAGCAGCAGCAUGUGGGAGAGUUCUGCCAUAGCAAAGGAAUCAAGCUGAUCGUCGCAGACACACGUGGUCUGUUUGGCCAGCUUUUCUGUGACUUUGGUGAAGAGAUGAUAGUGUAUGACACCAAUGGAGAGCAGCCUCUGAGUGCCAUGAUUUCCAUGAUCACAAAGGACAAUCCCGGUGUUGUGACAUGUCUGGAUGAGGCUCGUCAUGGCUUUGAAAGCGGAGACUAUGUCACUUUCACAGAAGUUCAGGGUAUGACAGAGCUCAAUGGCUGCCAGCCAGUGGAAAUCAAAGUUCUGGGUCCCUACACCUUCAGCAUCUGUGACACAGCUGGCUUUACAGAUUAUGUAAGAGGAGGAAUCGUCUCCCAGGUCAAGAUGCCCAAGAAGCUCUCUUUUAAAUCUAUCUCUUCCUCCAUGGCUGAGCCAGAUUUCGUGAUGACAGACUUUGCUAAGUUCGAGCAUCCAGGGCAGCUGCACGUGGGCUUCCAGGCUAUCCAUGCCUUCCAGAAGAAACACAACCACCUUCCUGCACCUUGGAACCAGGCUGAUGGUGGUGAGCUAUUGACAUUGGCCAAGGAGGUGAACUCUGCCCAGACGGGGUCCGCCAAAGUGGAGCAGUUGGAUGAAACUCUUAUCAAAAAGAUUUCCUUUGUUGCUGCUGGUGAUCUGGCCCCUGUCAAUGCGUUCAUUGGGGGUCUGGCUGCACAGGAAGUGAUGAAGGCAUGCACAGGAAAAUUUAUGCCAAUAAUGCAGUGGCUAUACUUUGAUGCUUUGGAGUGCCUUGCCGAAGAGGAAGGAGUCAUUCUCACAGAGGAAGAGUGUGCCCCAAGAAACUGUCGAUACGAUGGGCAGAUUGCAGUGUUUGGCACCAAGCUUCAGGAUAUGCUUGCCAAACAGCGCUACUUCCUGGUUGGAGCAGGUGCCAUUGGCUGUGAGCUGUUGAAAAACUUUGCCAUGAUUGGACUGGCUAGUGGAGAAGGCGAGGUCAUUGUGACAGACAUGGACACUAUAGAGAAGUCAAACCUCAACAGACAGUUUCUCUUCAGACCUUCAGACGUUACAAAAAUGAAGAGUGAUACGGCAGCAGCGGCAGUGAAGCAGAUGAACCCCUCCAUCAGGAUCACAGGUCACCAGAACAGAGUGGGCCCUGACACAGAGAGAAUCUACGACGACGACUUCUUUGAAAGUCUUGAUGGAGUGGCCAAUGCAUUGGACAAUGUUGAUGCACGUAUGUACAUGGAUCGGAGGUGUGUGUACUACCGUAAACCCUUACUGGAGUCUGGUACUUUGGGUACCAAAGGUAAUGUCCAGGUCGUGAUCCCCUUCCUCACAGAGUCAUACAGCUCCAGCCAAGACCCACCAGAGAAGUCCAUCCCCAUCUGUACCCUGAAGAACUUCCCAAAUGCCAUUGAACACACACUGCAGUGGGCCCGUGAUGAGUUCGAGGGACUAUUCAAACAGCCCCCUGAGAAUGCCAUGCAGUACCUCACAGAUCCCAAAUUCAUGGAGCGUACUCUGAAGCUUCCUGGAGCUCAGCCUGUGGAGGUGCUGGAGGCUGUUUACAAGAGUCUUGUCACAGACUGCCCUCACAGCUGGGCCGACUGUGUAGCCUGGGCACGCAACCACUGGCAGUGCCAAUACAGCAACAACAUCCGCCAGCUACUGCACAACUUCCCCCCAGAUCAGCUCACCAGCUCUGGUGCCCCCUUCUGGUCUGGCCCAAAGAGGUGUCCCCACCCUCUAGAAUUCAGCACCAGCAAUGAGCUGCACAUGGAUUAUAUAGUGGCAGCAGCCAACCUGUUUGCUCAGACAUACGGCCUGCAAGGCAGCACUGAUCGUGCAGGCGUGGUCAAGAUCUUGCAGGAUGUUAAGGUGCCACCCUUUACCCCUCGUUCAGGGGUUAAAAUCCACGUCUCUGACCAGGAGCUGUCGAAUAACAAUUCCUCUGUUGAUGACUCCAGACUGGAGGAGCUGAAGGCCCAGCUGCCUUCCCCUGAGUCUUCCCAGUUCAAACUCAGCCCCAUUGACUUUGAGAAGGAUGACGACACCAACUUCCACAUGGACUUCAUUGUGGCAGCAUCCAACCUGAGAGCAGAAAACUACGACAUUCCCCCUACAGACAGACACAAGAGCAAACUGAUAGCUGGCAAGAUCAUUCCUGCCAUUGCCACUACCACAGCUGCAGUGGUGGGCCUGGUGUGCCUUGAGCUCAUCAAGAUUGUCCAAGGUCACAAGAAGCUGGAGUCAUACAAAAACGGCUUCAUGAACUUAGCCCUGCCUUUCUUUGCCUUCUCUGAACCCAUUGCUGCUCCCAGACACAAGUACUAUGAAAUUGAUUGGACGUUGUGGGAUCGCUUUGAGGUCACGGGUUUGCAGCCCAAUGGGGAGGAGAUGACACUCCGACAGUUCUUGGACUACUUUAAAAAUGAGCACAAGUUGGAGAUCACCAUGCUUUCUCAGGGAGUGUCCAUGCUCUAUUCCUUCUUCAUGCCUGCUGCCAAACUCAAAGAGAGAUUGGACCUGCCGAUGACAGAGAUUGUGACUAAGGUGUCCAAAAAGAAGCUGGGCAAGCAUGUGAAAGCCCUGGUGUUUGAGUUAUGCUGUAAUGACCUGUCAGACGAAGACGUGGAAGUGCCCUAUGUCAGAUACACCAUCCGCUGAGCUCCACAGUGAACCCACCUACAGGAAGGUGGGGGUUGCAGGGGGUGGGUGUUCUAAAUGAGGAUUUGAGGUGGGGAUCAGGGGUGGGUGAGUUGAUCCAGGUCAGCUCUAUUGGAUCAAUCAGUUGUUUUUUUUUUUUUUGGUUUUUUGUUGUUUUUUUUUUUUUUUUUUUUUUUAGGCCUGUGGUUUGUGUGAACCUGUGCCUGAGUGUACAUAGCCCCAGUAAACUGAUUUAAGGAUACCUGUAUGUGUGUUAGGGAUCCAGUUGGUGCUCGGCUGUGGGAACAGGGGUGUCAUUAGAGGAAGGGAGCAUGUAUACUGGACCUCCUGAUGUUUCACAGUAGCAGAACCUCUCUGCUCAGUUUGUUUCUAAGCCCUAGUGUUCUCUUGGUACUUCAUAGCCCAACUAGUGUCCCUCUCAAACAUCCUCAAACUCUUACUAGCCUUCAGCACUAAAGGAGGGAUUUUUUUUUUUUUUUUUUUUUUUUUUUAAAUCAAUCCAGCCAUCUGGCUCCCCCUCCACUCUACGUGCUCUCUUCCCUCAUCUAACCCCUGUCUCAUAGACUUGGUCCCACAUUACUCUUCUUUUCAAAGAUGCACCUCCAUUAAGUAAAAAAUUCAGCUAAGAAUCCCCAAAGUAGUGACACAUGUAUUGAGAAUUAAUUUUGCCCCAAGGUCAUAUCACUGCCCUUAAUUCUACCUGAGACCUGGAAUUUGGAGCUGUAGAAGCGCCUUACCACAUAGUUCAACCCGAGUCAACGGUCUCUCCUGACUGGAAAAUAAUCUCACGCCAGCAGAAUAGAAACCCUGGCUGGUUUGAGGCGCCCCUACACCCACUGCAUCCAACACUCUGUGGCUUUGGAGGGGCUCUUGCACAUGACAUCAGUUUUCUCUGUAUUCUCUUUAUAUUUCAUGUGUUUUGUUAUUUUCUAUUUUAUUUUAUUUUGGGGGGGCGGGGUCGGAGAAAAUUUUGGCACACACCUUGUAGAUCAUAACCUGUCUUCUUUCUACUUUGUUAACUCCAAAUGACAUUACAGUGUAAGAGCAAGGCAAUGAGAUGUAUCUUGAAAUGCGAGCACUUAGUGUGAUAGUGAAUAAACAUGUAAAAACAUU